AUGUGUCGUCAAUACUACACCCUCUACGAAUGGUGCCAUUGCGAGGAAGACGCCGGCCACAGCGUCUGCUCGGGUCACCGUCGCAAUAGCUGUCCCGGCGUUAGCAUUGAAACCGUCCACAUGCACUGCUUCUGCAAUUCCCAUGCUACACGGGGGUUCAAGACUGAGAAGGAGACUAAGAAGGAGGAGAAGAAGAUUCGACGCCGGUCUCAAGAUUCUUUUGAGGAGAAGGCUUCGCUAGGUCGGCGGUGGUACCAAUGGUAUCAAUGGAGAGGUUUGCGAUCGCGGUGA